AUGUAACACAAAUUAAGGGUCCUAUAUUAUUGUCUGAAAUUACUUUUAAUUAAAAUAACAUAGAUGGAAUACAAAUAAAGAUUUUUAAACUUUGAUAUCUAUCUCAUGAUAAUUAAACUUAAGAGCAGAAUUUUUUUUGUACACUAAAGGCGAAGACAGAUAUAUUUUAUCAAUAGAAACAAUAAAUUUUAGAUUUCUAAAAUAGUGAAGAAUAAAUACUGGUAUUAUUUUUAUGCUAAUCAAUGA